GUUUUAGAUGUACCCAUAAGAGGAAGGAGCUCGCAUGAGAAUGUUUCUCACGUAUGACAAGAUCUUAUUUGCCCUACAGCUUUUCUGAUAAGAGCGUUUCACACCGAUUACCUUUUAUGAUGAAAGUUAAAGACUGCUUGAAGCUUGUUUUUGUCCUGAUGUUGCUCAGUUUACUGAUUUUCUUGUUUCUACAAUGUGAAGUGUUCAACAGCAUGCCAACAUUCCGUCCUGAACAUGACACAGCCUCAAGGUUAAAUAUUUCUUGUGAAGGAGCUGAACUCACCAGGCAGUUCGUUCCAAAAGAUCAACUAAAUGACAUCUGUGAACGCAGAGAAAAGGAGUACAAGCAAAGUAAACUCAGAAUGAAAACAGAUGUAGAUAUUCUCAUCGCCCCGGCCAACUCUCCUCUACAGUAUCCUAUUACAGGUUUCAGGGUAGUUCCUCUGAAGAAAAGUAUGAUACCAGGUCUUGCCCUUCGAGUUAAAGGGACAAGUGUACGAACAAACAAUAUUGGACAUUACAAGGUGUCUUUGAGUGUGACGAGUGGUGUACUCUCAGUGGAGAAUCUUCAGGAUGGACAGCAGGUAGAUGGACAGGGCCAGAGUGAACUGACCAUCUCAUGUAGCAACCUUACACAACUCAAUGAUCUGCUGUCCAGAGUGAGCUACACCAGCAGCGUCUACCACAUCAGAACAUCGGACCUGGCUCUUUUCUCUUUUGAGGACCAUGAGGCCAAGUUUCCGAUCAUGAUUAGGAGACCAACAGUUCCGGUUCUGUAUGACCCAGGAGAAGAUAUCAACUCACAAGUGACCAUAUUAACCAAGACCUUUCUGAGGUACAAGGAGCUGAACGUCCUCAUCAAGAGCAUCCGAAAGUUUUACCCAAAAAUCAAGAUCAUCGUUGCAGACGACAGUCUAAACCCUGAAACUGUUUCCGGAGACAACAUAGAGCAUUACAUCAUGCCUCCAGCACAGGGGUGGUUUGCAGGCAGGAAUCUGGCUGUAUCUCAAUUGACAACAAAAUACUUCCUGUGGGUCGAUGAUGACUUUGAGUUCUCGGAUGAGACCCGGAUCGAGAGUUUUGUGGAGAUUAUGGAAGCAGUUCCAGACUUAGAUGUUAUUGGCGGUGAGGUGUCUGGUGACCAGUUUUAUUUCCUUCUGGAAUAUGAUGAGGGAGGUGAGCAUGAAGGAGGAGGAUGUCUUAGGCGUCUUAGAGGAGAGUUUCAUCAGCCACUUUCAGGGUAUGAUGGAUGCCAUCUUGUGGAUGGUGUUACAAAUUAUUUCUUGGCAAGGACUGAAGCCGUGCGAAGAAUUGGUUUCGACCCGUUCUUGAAAAGAGUUGGUCACACAGAGUUUUUCAUCGAUGGCCUUGGAAAGUUAUUGGUAGCAACAUGUAAGGGCUAUUCUAUUGGUCAUCAGACACAUCAGACAUAUGACAGCUAUGACAGUUACAGGAAUCAAGAAAAAGAGGAUGAAGAGAGAAAACUGGCACACCAUUUCUUUAAGAAUUAUCUCAACUGCAUCAAGUGCAGUAUGUAAGUUUGACACCCAGUGGUUGAACUAGGUAUUGCACUCCUGGAUCAAAACAAAUGCAAGCGCAGGUUGCCAGAUUGAGGACGAUCAGGAGCGAGCCUGACUAUAGAGCCUAAAGGCUGAUUUAAAUCGUGUUCUAAAUAAAAGCAACGGCACUGAUAGAAGCAAUAUUUUCAUAUUCAAAUGAGUUUUUGUUCUAUCCAACGCCUGGAAUUUACAUUUUAUAAACGGCUCCCUCCUAUUUCUCACAGGUGAACAACAGGAUAAAUGACUAUGAUCACCUUACACCUUAUGUGCUUUAUUCAGUGUUAAAUGCUAAUAAUGUGACUUUGAAUGCCAUUUUACAUGACAUUUAUUGUCAAAUACUGUACACCUCAGAUCUUGAAAAUAAAAUAACCCGUUCACGAGUUCACCUGCUCAGUCAAUUGCCUUAACAUCAUAAACGAUUUUGGUGUUGCUGUCCUGAAGCUGGAGCCCGCACUAUUAAACCCCUAAGAGAACUCGGACCUCCCAUCCUUGAAGGAGGCUCGAGGCCACCACCGCAACGCCACCAACCAACCACCCCCCAUCUUUUUUUUUUUUCUUUUCUUUUUUAAACUUUUGAAAAAACAGAGGAGGAGAUUGAGAAGUGUAGGGAUGCUGGAACAAAAGUAAACUGAAACAGUGCUACAACCACUACUUAUACACAGACGUGAUAAUUUAAUGACCCACCUGAUCGAUCAGCCUCCUUCCGAAUUUACGUUUGGAACUUCCAUUACUUAAUUUGUGCCGGAACAAGCUGGAUCCGGCACCUCUGAAAUCUGAUCCGGCACCUCAUCUUACCAAUUCUCCUCCUCACACGGACCCCUGCUCCCACUCUUCACUGUCUUCCUCGACUCCCCAAACCUCUCCAUCCGCGACUCCCCAACCCUCUUCGUCCACGACACCCUAUCCCGCCUCCCCGCUCUUCACUUUCUUCCACGAACCAAUUUGAUGAGGAACUCAUUUCGGAGUCUGCUACUGUCCACUGGAGGUCGGAUUUCGGUCAUGAACGCAUGCUUUGAGAGCCUUUCUGAAUGAAGGUAUGAAAUACAUGGUUGUCCAUCAAGGCAAGCCCCGGUGCUGAAAUAUAAUUGGCUAAAGUAACAGUGGCUGGGUUAAAUGAACCAAAACAAAGAUAGCUGUUCUGGCAUGUAACUCACAUUUUUAAAGCAGAAUAACUGACUUCAGCAUUGUUCUGAAAUAUCUGCAAACAUAUUAUGGUAUUUUUAUGCUUUAGAAGAGUCAAAAACUUACAUACAGCACCUUUAAAGACAUGAUAUGAUUUGGAAAUAUCACACAAGAGAGGCAUUUUCAAGCUUGUGAGCGCAAUUUGAAAUGUGAUAUUGUUUUUGAACUUCAUUAAAAAAAUAUAAAAAAUACAGUGAAAAUGGCUCUAAACAAUGACGGAGUAUACGGUAUCAUUUGUUCAUCUUAGAGCAACACUGCAGUGUUUUAUUCUAAAACGAAUCUCUUUUUGAACUAAUCGUGUGAUUAUUUCAGGGAUCUAUUAAUAAUGACAAUCAUUCGAUUCAAUUUUUUAAAAAUGAAUCAGUAAUCACUCAUUAAGACAGGACUUUCCACCACCUUAAUGUAUUUACCCAUGAUCGGACCAAACUAAUUAUGGCACAAAAACACCUACAGCAAAAAAAAAAAAAAAAUCUCACCAAAAUACGUAAAAUAUAUAUAUAUAUUUUAAUCAAUAUCGAACACUCUUGGUGACUUCCUGCUUUAAUUUAGAAGCUGGGACUUCUGCCAUGUUUUGCCGUAUUGCACAUUUCAUAGCUAUUUUCUAUGGUGACUAAAAACCUAACCUCAGGAAGAAACUGAAAGAGAGAGCUGUAUAUAAUAUUUUAUAACAAUGAAAGUAGGGACUGUUAGUGUAUUAUUGUUACUUUAUGAAUUAAUAUAUUUAUUAACAUUUCUUUAUUCUAAGUGUACACUGGAGAACAUCACUGCCAUUUUUCAUGUGUUUAAUGUGUUUUUCAUGUGUUUAAUAUUUACAUUUUUUUUAAGUUUCCCACAUUUCAUGUGUUCUCAUUGUGUAAACAUUCUCAUCCUAAAACCUGUUACAGUGCAUUAUAUCCAGCAUGUGUCAUUUAUCAUGUCAUAUACAUUAUAAAAUGUGUCAAAAAUGUACUAUUUUUGUACCACAUGAAUUAAUCUGGUUGUUGCUAGAUCAGAGACAGUUGUGGCUGGAAGUUAAUGAGAAUUAUUUAUAAUUUGUAUUAAAUUUCCCAUUAAUUGUGUUUAUUAGCGUCUACCCCUACCACAACCCCAGACUCAACCAUCACAGUAAUGUAAAAAUGGUAGUUGUUUUUAAAUGGUAGUUUAUUAACGCCUACCUCCACCCCAACCAUCACAGUACUGUUAAAAUAUUAAUUAUUGUUACACAGUGUGUUGGACUUCUUUUGCCAAGUCCUCCCUCUGCUCAAUAAGUCAAUCGGAGGCAGUAAGUAAUUUCAAUAUUUUAUUAUCAAGUGAAUAAAGCUUCUUCAGAAAUCUGGGCUUUAACAGCAGUCAAUCAGUCGAUCAGGCAGUCAGAAGUGCCGUAUAUACAAAAUCCCACAGUUUUAUAGACUUCUUUUCUCCACUCCUCCCAGGGCAUUUCUCCAGAAAAUAGCAGUCAAGUCGUCAUCCGUAGUGAGGUAGACAAGCUACACCUUCAGGUUGUGUGCCUGUACAGAAACAUCAGAAAAAUACACACACAUUAUACCAGAUAGCAAGGUCUCUGCCUCCCCUCCAUCACUUAGCAACCGUAUCUCAUCAUCACAUAUUUUACAUCUGAGUCAGCUGCAGUGACAUGUAGCAAAGUCAUAGAGAGAGAACGAAAGUUUGAGGAAACUGGGAUAUAUGAGUUCAAGCUUCACGCACACAUACUUGAAAAUAGUUAACAAAAAUAAUGGAUAAUAAAGAAAAGUUUUAAAUAAAACAUCACAAUCCUCCAAGUGUCACAAAAAUGAUGCUGUACUGAUGUGCGUAUCCGCAGCUGUAUCCUAUCUAAACUUUUUCAUUUGUCUCCUGUUUGCUUAUGACUAUACAGAAUCGAAGAAUCGAAUAAUAGCAGCUAACAGAAAGAUGAUAUAACUUUGCUCCACAUUUCAUAGUGAGAAUCAAGAGUGAGAGUGACAUCUUUGAGUCUAAUCUCUUGGAUUAAGACAGUCAAGACCUUCUGAUAGGAUUAGCCAAGGUGAUGCACUCAAGACAAGAGGCUUGUCGCCUGAAUAACAGAUCACUCAGAUGAGGCUUGUAAUCGGCAUAGACAUCACGCAGGUGAAAGAGCAAAUAUAAGAUCCUUCUGGUUGAAGGUCAGGUAAUGAAGUUCUCUAUUAUUGUGGAUUUCAUGCUGAUUGUAUUCAAAUAUCAGCAGAGAAACGCUGUUUGGUUUUACUUGUCAACUUGCACUGACCUACAGGUCAACCAUGUUGUGGGACAGUAGACAAGAUCAAGGAGAUCUUCACGUCUCAUUAUUACUAGUCUGUGUGUCUCUCACAAGAGUUCAGAGGACACAAUUGUGAUUCUUGCCUUAAAAAAAGAUGCCUGCAAAAUAUUAUUGUAAGAUUUUAGUAUUGGGAAAACCUUCACCUCCAAGAGCUUCUUUUCUGUUUUAUUAUUUAUAUUGCUGCAGAAAGAGACAAUCUGCAGAGUGAAGAAAAAGGAAUUAACCAGAAGAGGAUUCAUUCAAACUAGUCUCGCAUAGACAUCAUCAACAUAUGCUGUCUCAGAUAUAUUUUGUGAAACUAUUAUAACAGUCUUUACCUCAUGUGUCACUAUGAUCAGAUGUUUUCUCUGAUGCUUUUUUCAUACUACUGUCUUUUUCUUAUGUUUAUUGUAUUGAAAAUGAAAUUGCACAGAAUUAUAUUUACAUAUUCUUUAUGUAACCAACUUCGAAACCAAACAUACAGAAGUGUGCAUGGGUUUGGUUCAUUGUCAAAAUAACAUAAUUAAUUAAAGGACUAAAUAUCA